AUGAGCGGCGAUCGCCGGAGACGUGAUCUGAGAGACACCAGAAAUUCCAAGAAGCGGAAGCUUAUCCGCAACGCCGAGGAAGAGCUCGAAGCUAAAUUAGGGUUCGAUCUUUUCACAGAGGGCGAAAAGCGACUCGGAUGGUUACUCACUUUCUCAUCCUCAUCUUACGUGGACGAAGACACUCACAAAGUCUAUAGUUGCGUUGAUCUUUACUUUGUUACUCAGGAUGGGUCUACAUUUAAGUCAAAAUUCAGAUUUCGGCCUUAUUUCUACGUGGCUACAAAGGAUAAAACAGAGAUGGAUGUUGAAGCAUACCUGAGACGGUGUUUUGAAAGUCAGAUUGCAGAUGUUGAAAUUAUAGAGAAAGAAGACCUGGAUCUCAGAAACCAUUUGUCUGGGUUAAGAAAAUCUUAUUUAAAGCUUUCCUUUGAUACUGUGCAACAAUUAAUGGAAGUGAAGAAAGGCCUGAUGCCCAUUGUUGAAAAAAAUAAGGCAAAGUCUGAUGCUGCAGAAGCCUUGGAGUAUAUAUUAACAGGAAGAAGAGAACAAAAACCUCAAGAUUUUCUAGAUUGCAUAACUGAGCUUCGUGAAUAUGAUGUUCCUUAUCAUGUUCGCUUUGCCAUUGACAAUGAUAUACGGUGUGGCCAGUGGUAUGAUGUUGGAGUGUCCAACAAUGGGGUCACACUUGAGAAGAGGACAGAUCUUCUGCAGCGUGCUGAAGUUCGUAUUUGUGCAUUUGACAUUGAGACCACAAAACUUCCAUUAAAAUUUCCUGAUGCUGAAUAUGACUUAGUUAUGAUGAUAUCAUACAUGGUAGAUGGUCAUGGAUAUUUAAUCAUAAAUAGAGAGUGUGUUGGGGAUGAUAUAGAGGAUUUAGAGUACACUCCGAAACCAGAGUUUGAAGGGUGUUUUAAGGUGACAAAUGUUCAAAAUGAGGUUGAACUUCUUAGAUUAUGGUUUUCUCAUAUGCAAGAGGUGAAACCUGGUAUCUAUGUGACGUACAAUGGUGAUUUCUUUGAUUGGCCAUUCUUGGAACGAAGGGCAACCCAUCAUGGGUUCAAAAUGAGUGAUGAAUUAGGGUUUCAAUGCGACAAGGAUCAAGGGGAAUGUCGUGCUAAAUAUGCUUGCCAUUUGGAUUGUUUUGCUUGGGUUAAACGUGAUAGUUAUCUUCCUCAGGGUAGCCAAGGCUUGAAGGCUGUUACAAAAGCAAAGUUAGGUUAUGAUCCUUUAGAGGUGAACCCUGAGGACAUGGUUCGCUAUGCAAAGGAAAAGCCUCAGAUGAUGGCCUCCUAUUCUGUUUCUGAUGCAGUGGCAACUUAUUACUUAUAUACAACUUAUGUUCAUCCUUUUAUUUUUUCACUUGCAACCAUUAUACCCAUGUCACCAGAUGAGGUUUUGCGCAAAGGUAGUGGGACCCUCUGUGAAAUGUUGCUUAUGGUCCAGGCAUACAAAGCUAAUGUCAUUUGCCCUAACAAACACCAAUCUGAUUCAGAGAAGUUUUUUAAUAAUCAUCUUCUUGAGAGUGAGACGUACAUUGGUGGUCAUGUGGAAUGCCUUGAAAGUGGUGUAUUUAGAUCUGAUAUUCCAUCUAGCUUUGCACUUGAGCCAUCUGCCUAUCAGCAAUUGAUCAACAACCUUGAUCGAGAUCUACAGUAUGCUAUAAGAGUGGAGGGUAAGAUGGAUUUGGAAUCUGUCUCUAAUUAUGAUGAAGUAAAGAAUGCCAUCAUGGAAAAGCUUGUAAAAUUACGAGAUGCGCCAAUACGUGAAGAAUGCCCCCUCAUUUAUCAUCUUGAUGUAGCUGCUAUGUAUCCAAACAUAAUCUUAACAAACAGGCUUCAGCCACCAUCAAUUGUUACAGAUGAAGUUUGCACUGCAUGUGAUUUUAAUCGUCCAGGAAAGACUUGCCUACGCAAGCUUGAGUGGGUUUGGCGUGGAGAAACAUUCACGGCGAAGAAAAGUGACUAUUAUCAUUUAAAGAAACAGAUUGAAUCAGAGUUUGUUGAUGGUUCUGGGGAGGGGCUGUCAAAAUCUUUUCUUGACCUUUCCAAGUUAGAGCAACAAUCAAGACUAAAAGAGCGUUUAAAGAAAUACUGCCAGAAGGCGUAUAAAAGAGUACUUGACAAACCAGUUACUGAACUUCGUGAAGCAGGAAUCUGCAUGCGUGAAAAUCCAUUUUAUGUUGACACUGUUCGCAGUUUUCGGGAUAGAAGAUAUGAAUAUAAAGGCCUCAAUAAGGUUUGGAAGGGAAAACUAUCAGAGGCCAAGGCUAGUGGAAAUUCUAUGAAGAUCCAGGAAGCACAAGAUAUGGUUGUGCUAUAUGAUUCUUUGCAACUUGCUCACAAGUGUAUACUUAAUUCAUUUUAUGGAUAUGUCAUGCGCAAGGGUGCAAGAUGGUACUCCAUGGAAAUGGCUGGAGUAGUCACAUAUACUGGUGCAAAAAUCAUUCAGAAUGCCCGCUUGCUUGUAGAGAAAAUAGGAAAACCACUUGAAUUAGACACGGAUGGUAUCUGGUGUGCACUUCCUGGAUCUUUCCCAGAAAAUUUCACUUUUAAAACAAAAGGCUCAAAGAAGUUGACAAUCUCAUACCCUUGUGUCAUGCUUAAUGUUGAUGUGGCAAUAAAUAAUACAAAUGAUCAGUAUCAGACACUCACUGAUCCAAUUAGAAAAAUUUAUACAACUCACAGUGAAUGCUCUAUUGAAUUUGAGGUGGAUGGACCAUACAAGGCAAUGAUCCUUCCUGCUUCCAAGGAAGAAGGAAUUUUAAUUAAGAAGCGAUAUGCUGUUUUUAAUGAUGAUGGAACCCUUGCAGAACUGAAAGGUUUUGAGAUCAAGCGCAGAGGUGAACUGAAGCUUAUCAAAGUUUUCCAGGCUGAGCUUUUUGACAAGUUUCUCCAUGGUUCAACCUUAGAGGAAUGCUAUUCAGCUGUUGCUUCAGUGGCAAAUCGCUGGCUUGAUCUUCUUGAUAACCAAGGGAAGGAUAUUGCAGACAGUGAGUUGCUUGAUUAUAUAUCAGAAUCAAGUACCAUGAGCAAAUCUUUAGCUGAUUAUGGGGAGCAGAAGUCAUGUGCUGUUACCACUGCUAAACGUCUUGCUGACUUUCUUGGGAAAACAACAGUCAAAGAUAAAGGUCUUCGAUGUCAGUACAUAAUAGCAAGUGAACCUAAGGGAACACCAGUGAGUGAGCGCGCUGUUCCUGUGGCAAUAUUUGAAACUGAAGCUGAGGUAAUGAAGUUCUAUGUCCGACAAUGGUGCAAGGUCUCGUCAGAUGUUGGCAUUCGAUCCAUAGUUGACUGGUCCUAUUACAAGCAGCGGCUUAGUUCUGCAAUUCAAAAAAUUAUCACUAUUCCUGCUGCAAUGCAAAAGGUUGCCAAUCCUGUCCCUAGGGUAGUUCAUCCUGAUUGGUUGCAUAAGAAGGUCCGUGAGAAGGAGGACAAGUUUCGCCAACGAAAGUUAGUCGAUGUCUUUAAUUCAAUGAACAGGAAUGAGCGCUCAAAAAAGCAUAAUGAUUCAAAUCAUGUCCAUCUUGUGAUGGAUGAUGAGACUGUUAAUGACUUGGAGGACUUUGGAAACAAGGCCAGAAGUUCUGCAUGUGGACCCAGACCAAUUAUACGACAUUAUGAAGCUAAUAAUGAACGACAUUCAGUGAAGCUCAGUGGUCAAGAAAAUUCAAAGCCACAGGAUGAUGAUAAUGGCAGCAAGGGUCAGUUACUUUCACCAUUACAGCAAAAUGAAAUAUCAUGUGAAAAUGUUGACAGAAAUGUAGAUUAUCAAGCAUGGCUUCAAAUAAAGAAGCGAAAGUGGAAAGAUAUUCGGGAAAGGAGAAAGAAGCAAAGAUUGGAGAAUGCAAAGAAAUCUGACCAUUUAAAUGGUAUUCUUGAACAAAUGAAUGGUAAGGGGAGUCAGGGAAGAAAUAAUGUCAGUUCAUAUCUUAGAAGGCACGAGGCAGAUCUAAAACAGUACCACUGGCAGAUAGUACAACUUAUUCAGAGUUCAGAAAUCGGCCAAUUUUUUGCUUGGGUUGUUGUGGAUGGGAUUAUGCAUAAGAUUCCUGUUUCUGUUCCUAGAGUCUUCUACCUGAAUACCAGAUCACCAACUACUAAAGAAUUUCUGGGUAAUUGUGUCAACAACACUCUUGCUUGUGGAGGGCAUACUAAAAACUUUCAGGUUAAGCGUGUCAGCAAGAUUCUUCCUCAUGGAAGGCAUAGUUAUAAUCUGUAUGAGGUCACGAUUAAUGAAGUUCAAUAUAGGGAAGCAAGUAAAACACUUGCAGCUCUUCUAGCAGAUCCUGAUGUUGAGGGAAUAUAUGAAACAAAGAUGCCACUGGAGUUUAAUGCUAUAGUCCAGCUUGGUUGUGUAUGUAAGGUGGAAAAAACUGCCAAGGAACGUAGUCUACAAGAUCCAUGGAAUUUGAGUGAAUUGCACAUGAAGACCACAACAGAAUGUGCUUAUCUUGAACAAUCUUUAUCCUUUUUUUACUUGUACCAUAGCAUCUCCGAGGGACGGGCUAUAUAUGUUGGAUAUUUUCCUGCGUCGAAAGCAAUAACUGUUGUGGUAGUUAAUCCCUAUCAAAACAAAGAUUUAUCACCAACUUUUCUUGAAAAACAAUUUCACGAUGCUUCCCAAGCUUUGUCUAUUGAGGCACCUCCGAGGAAUGGCAUUAAUUUUAAGGUGGACUAUGUUACGCAUGUCAAGGAUGCUGAAACAGUGAUGCAAAGAGCAAUAAGUGGUCACAGGAAUGAGCAUCAUGGGCCUAUGGUUGCUGUCAUUGAGUGCCCAAAUGUUCAGCAAGUAAAAUUGGGCAUUCGAGCUUUGGAUGGUUUUCCAUGCCUGAGUAUUCCUUCUAAUGCACGAGAUAGUCAGUAUCAGAUUCUUGGAUGGCAACAAGUUGCUGCUAAAAUUGGAAUGCAACGUUGUGCUGCAUCAGUCCAAUGGCUAAAUGAGAGAAUUGCUCUCUCAAGAUAUGCCCAUGUACCGUUGGGGAAUUUUGAACUUGACUGGCUUAUAUUUACAGCGGAUAUCUUCUUUUCAAGAGCGAUGCAUGAUAAACAGGUACUUUGGAUAUCUGAUGACGGCCUUCCGGAUUUAGGUGGCAUUAAUGGUGAACAGAACUGUUUUGUUGACGAGGUCCACCAACCUGUCCUUACAUAUCCCGGGGCUUAUAGAAAAGUUACUGUGGAGCUAAAGAUACACCACCUGGCCGUAGAUGCUCUUCUAAAAUGCAACCAAGUUAAUGAAAUGGAAGGUGGUGCUUUAUUAGGAUUUGAUCAUGAAUAUGAUUCUGGAGCAUUUUCUGGGAAUGAUCAGAAUGGCGUUGAUGAGUCUACCUCUUGUGCAAAUCCCUUCCGAGUCCUAAUACAGUUGAUCAGAAUGAUUCUUGCAGAUGCUGCUAAAUCACAAAAUGUUUAUGCUGAUGCAAUAUUGCAACAUCUAUAUAGAUGGCUUUGCAGCCCUAAAUCUAAACUUCAUGAUCCAGCUCUCCACCAGCAACUCCACAAGGUCAUGCAAAAGGUCUUUGCAUUGUUGCUGGCAGAGUUCCGAAAGUUAGGUGCUACAAUUGUAUUCGCAAAUUUCUCAAAGAUUAUUAUAGACACUGGCAAAUUUGAUCUUUCAACAGCCAAAGCUUAUUGUGACAGUUUGUUAAGAACCAUACAAUCUAGAGACCUAUUUGAAUGGAUUGAGCUUGAACCACUGCAGUACUGGCACUCGUUGCUAUUCAUGGAUCAGUAUAACUAUGGGGGAAUACCAGCAAAAUCUGACGAAGCCAUGAAUGAUGAAACUCAAGUUGACAUUAUAUCAAGCUGGAAUAUUGCUGAAUACUUGCCAGAAAAAAUCCAAGACCAUUUUGUAUUUAUUGUUUCUCAAUUCAUGUAUAUUCCCUGGAAUUAUGCACAAAAACAAGCAGCAAUUAGGUCUUCGUUGCAGAACGGUGACUCCUGUACCCCCUCAAUUAACAUUGGAGCUGCAGAGGCUUUUGAAUCAGAUAUAAAGGAAUAUAUCAAAGGGCAGGUUAGCUCAUACUUCACACACAAACUGCUUGGAAUUGUUCAUGAUAUUGGUCUUCAUAUGAAGGGGAUGAGCAGAUCAGAAAACAAUCAUGGCCUUCCUCAAGUUAUGGGUGGUGUUCAUAGAGGGGAUGCUGCCUUGGAAUUUAUCAAGCAUGCCUGUGCUGUCCUGGCUCUUGACCGAAGUGUGCAGCAUGAUGUUUUGGUAAUGAGAAAGAAUUUGCUAAAAUAUGUUGAUAUCAGGGAGUUUGCUCCAGAGGCUGAGUUUUCUGACCCUUCUCAUUCCUUCAUCCUAUCCAACGUCAUCUGCAGCUAUUGCAAUGACUGCAGAGACUUGGACUUGUGCCGGGACUCAGCUUUAUUGACUCAGGAGUGGCGGUGUGCGGUGCCACAGUGCGGCCAGCCUUAUGACCGUGAGGUGAUGGAGAAUGCUCUUCUUCAGAUUGUACGACAAAGAGAACGACUAUACCAUCUACAAGAUCUGGUUUGUCUCAGGUGCAACCAAGUUAAAGCUGCACAUUUGGCUGAGCAAUGUGCAUGUGCAGGUUCAUUUAAGUGCAAGGAAGAUGCAAGUGAAUUUCGCGCAAAGAUGCAGGUUUUCUUGAACAUAGCUUCUCGUCAGAAAUUCCAACUUCUCCACGAAUGUACCUCUUGGGUUUUAGAACUUAGAUAGUUUUAUUUAAAUUUAAGUCAGCGCCUAGGAUACGAAGUAAAUACAACCUAAACUGUGUAGAGUAAUAGUGUCAGUGUAUACAGUGGCACAUUGCUAGU